AUGGCCUACCACGGCUCGUCCUUGUCCUCCUCACGUUUCGGCAGCGCAGGCGGAGCAGCCUCAGAACCAGGCUCAAGCCGCAGGCCCGGGUCGUUGGCAGGGUCAGGAGUAGGGCUAAGAGGAGGAGGAGGAGGAGGAGGAGGAGGAGGAGGAGGAAGAGGCAGAUGGCCAGACAGUCGAGGCGAAUCACGUCGCGAUACCUAUUUUGCCAACGAUGCAUCCUGGGGCAGCGGUCGUGGACGCAGCGAAGUCAACAGUAACAGCACCAGCACUGCAGUGAGACGCUGGGAGGAGGAAGGCGUGCGGUCACACUAUUCGGACUGGAACACCAAAGACAGGACCAGGAGCUAUGCGCAUGAGCACGCCAGACGUGGCGAUGAUCGCUCCCGAGCGUGGCUGGCUGACGAAGCGGCGAGAAGUGGCGGCAGUAGCUACAGCAACCGACGUUGGGGCCCCGACUCAACAAGGCCAGAUCCUUCUCAGUACCACGACCGCAGCAGCGCCAAAGGACACGCGUAUUCCUACAACAACGCCGGCAGCGGCGAUUACUCCAAGCAGAUCGCACACGACGGCCACGCACACGCACAUUCACCUGCCGCCGUCGCCGCUAGUUCCUACUCGCGCCCCAAGACGCUUGCACAGCUCCUAGCGCCAUUCAGCGAUCUCCCCGAUUCGCUCCCCCCACGCAGCGUCCUGCAGGCCAUCCUUGCACCUUCAGCAGCAGCGCCGGCGGCGGCAGUCCAGGCGCAGACGACCGCCGCGCAGCGCGGGCUCAACACCGCUGCGUUCCGCUGGACGCUGCAGCACUCUCAUGCUCUCGAUGACUUUCUCGCCGCCGCGUCCGCUGCUUCAAGCGCCGAUGCAUCUGCGUCCGCCUCUUCUACUGCCGCUGCGGCUGCGUACGACAGCCCGUUGGGGAGCAUCGAGAGCAAACAGGGCAUCGCGGACGCAAUCGCGCGCCUGUGCGGCAUCGCACAUCUCGCCCGACUCUUCGGGAGCAACGCGGCGGUCAGCCUACCGCCUGGCGCCGGCGGAUGCACCGGCGGCUGGACCAAGGCACAGACCGACAAUGCGCUCGAUGUCCUGUACGACUUUUGCGAAGCGGUCGACGACAGAAUCCGCACGAUAGGCUACGCAGCGCUAUCGUCCAUCUCCUACUCGAACCCAGCGGUAGUGCGGCGCAACGCGGACGUGCUGUGCCAGCUGCUGCAAGUGCAGGACCGCAAGGAACGCGCGGUCGUCACGAGCGCGCUACGCUCGCUCAUUUCGCUCGACGCGCUCGGGACAAUCGACACGUUACUUGGCCCCGAGGCGCGCGAAAUGCGCGACGCGCGCUGCGCCGCUGUCGCCUUUCUCGCUGAAGAGGCGUGUCGCGACGCCGGCAGUGGUGGCGGCAGUGACAGUGACAGUGACGAUGAAGGCCAGCGCGGCAUGGGCCUUCGGAAGCAGCUGCAAAACAACGUCCAGCUCCAAAUAUGCAUCGCCGAAUGUGGCGCACAGCUGCUCAGCGCCAUCCAGCCUGAACUUGCACAAGUGAUCGACGCCCACGCAGAUGACAAUGCGGGUGAUGGUGGCGCCAUGCAGGUCGGUGCGGCCUCUACCACAGAACAGAAAGGGUACGCGAGCAUCCUCGACGAGCUGAACGGCGUCAGAGCUUUGCUUCUCGGCACACGCGCCUCUUCGUCUCAGAGGAGCGGGGGCGCAGCAGCCUCGCUCCUCCCCGCGCUCUGGCUGCCCGAGGAAGACUUUGCGGUGCGCAGCGAGUACCUGUGUACCCGGCGUGCAUCGCGUCUCCUGAUGGAUGCCCUCGCCCUCAAGGGUCUGGAGAAGAUGAAGGACGUGCUGACGAUGCAAGGCUCGCUGAGGGCCGGCCGUGGCGGUAGUGGCUUUGGCGCAAGUGGCGCAGAUCCGCUUGACACAAAAGAGGAGGCCACGUUCUUCCUCAACAUGGCAGACGAAGCGCGGCAGAAAGUUGAAGAUAUGCUGAAAAAGGCCCAAGCUAGCAAGAUCAUGGGGGCAACGCCUAAAAGAGGCGAUGAGAAUGGUCAAGGCAAUGGAAGGCACGUUGACGGUGGAUCGCAAGGAGCUGCAGCGGAUGGUGAGGAUGAUGUCAGAGUCGGCACCCCUGAGGUGUUAAUGCUGGAAGGCUUCGCGGAACAGACUUUCGUGCUCUUGCUCUCGUGGAUCUGCCACAAGGACGCGGUCUGGCAGAGCGAUCUGGACCUUUCCAAACGCGUCGAUACCCAGGCGACCUACGAGCAUUUCCGACAGCAUAUCGUACCGUACCAGCUUUCGCGAAGCAGACAGAUGCGUCCCACAGCAUCGUCUCUCCAAUUUUUCUCUAGCAGCAUGCGGCCCAUCCUGCUGCGAUGCGCCGGCAUCGCCGCGCUGUCUCGACGCAAGGACGCUGCGUCGCACGGCAGCCCAGGCGCGCACGACAUGAAGAUGAGCGCCAGCAUGGCUGCAGCGCUCCUCUGCGCAGCCAGGCCGGCUCCUUCAACUGCAGCAGUUGGUGCUGCGAGCGGGGAGGUAGCGGGGGACAUCAGCAACACGGACCGGCUCGAGGCAGCCGAGGCAGCGCUGUGGGCACUGAGCAUGAGCUUGCCGCUGCGCCCCAAGUCGCUCCAGGACAAGAGCGUGUGGCCGAUCGAUUCAGACGAGGCGACAAGAGUCAUCCACGACUGGAAUGUGCUCAGUCGUGGGCUUGCAGAGUGCUUGCGCAAGGUCGCGUCCGUCAAGGAGCGUGCCUUCCUUUCAUCGCUGAUCCAGAAUGUCGUCGACAUCAACACGCAGCUACUCCGCCCUGCCGCGGAGCGACGGGCCAUCGACAACAGGCCGAUCUGGUUGCCUCCGCGCAUGUGCCUGCUGACGGCAGCGACAAUCGAAGGCACUUCGCUGCCGCUGCUUGCGAUGGCAACCAGCGCCGAUAGUAAACGCAUCGGGAUCAAGCGGCGCGCAAACGAACAGCUGGAUCGCACCCAGGGCAUCAGUCUGCGAGGCGCCGCAUCAGCUGCAGCUGCACAGCAAGCCAAAGCGGAGAGCAUCAAGAAGGCAAAACUCUACUCUACUGUCGCAGGAGCACCUAUUGCCAUCGUCUCGAUCAAGGGCAGCGCUAACAACGGAAGCUCGUCGGCCAUGGGCGUUGCGAGGCGCUCUGCAGCUGGCGGGCUCGCCAUCCGCGGACGUAUGGCUGCCUUUUCGGCGGUCGCUGUUCCAGCGGAAGAAACCCAAAUUAUCAGCAACGAUUACAGCAAUGGGAUUGAUCAUUCUCAAGGCGACGACGAAGGCAAGCCAUCGGAGCCAGCUGCGGCACCCACGAUCGCUCCCAUCGCCAAUGCACCAUUCCGCAUUCGCUCUGCAGAAGCUGUCAAAGAUGCACAAACUCCACUUGGGCUCAGAAUACAGAACUCAGGCCGAGAGCUUUUUCUGCCGUCGUCAAACACGUGGACAUCAAGAGGUCCGGCAAGAGGACGGGGCGGGAUGGGCCCGCGCGGCGCUAGGCGCGGUCUUAGGCAGACUGGACGAGAGCUUUUCCCAGCAGGUCCUCGGCACUAGUUACCUUUGUGAAGGCUUGUACUAUAGGGUAGCUUCCACAGCAAAAAAAAACGGGCCAGCACAUCAGACAAGCACAUCAGACAAGCACAUCAGACAAGCACAUCGGCUGCGAGGCAAAGGCAAACAAGCCUGCAAAGGCAAAAAUAUCAAACUGGCUGGCUUGCCGUAAGCGGGGCUACAGGCUUCCCGGCUUGUUCUUAUCUUCAAACUCGGCUAGUCAGUCGACAACUUUGCCGACAAUGUUGUACCGCUGCGGAAGUGCGAAGCUGCAGUCAGUGAGGUGCAAGACAAUUUAAAAGUGAAUAGUGCUACCCCCACUUUUGUGUAAUAUGCAACCCAGUCAUUG